GCAGGGACCGUGUGUAAGAGAGUGCGCGCCAUACACAGGGACUCACUGGAAGGCUGCAGCUAGAGUGCUCGCGUUUAUUUAUUUAUAUAUAUAUAUAAAAAAAAAUCAUAUUUAUAUUAAAUAGAAAAGUGUUUUUGUUUCUUCCCCCCCCCCCCCCCCACACCCAAAGUUUUGAAUUCUGUCGGUUCACAAUGCGCUGGACAAUGGGAACACUUUCAAUGGAGCAGGGAGUCGGGUUGCUGUGGAGUGGCUGCCUGCUGCUGGAGUGGCUGUCGGUGGCGGCGGGCAGCCUGCUGCUGGACACCGGCGACAUGCACUCGAGCUUCGUGCACCGGCGCCUGAAGCAGCACGAGAAGAGGGACAUGCAGCGGGAGAUUCUCUCCAUCCUGGGGCUACCUCACCGGCCCCGACCGCACUCGCACGGCAAGCAGAACUCUGCGCCGCUCUUCAUGCUCGACCUGUACAAUGCCAUGUCCACCGGGGGGGGUGAGGAGGAGGAGGAGGAGGGUGGUGAGGGCUUCUCGCCCCGCUACAGAGCCGUGUUCACCACGCAGAGCCCGCCGCUGGCCAGCUUACAGGACAGCACCUUCCUCAACCAGGCCGACAUGGUCAUGAGUUUUGUUAACCUGGUUGAACACGAUAAAGGCUUUGCUCUCUACCAGCCGCAUCACCAGGAGUAUAAAUUUAACCUGUCCCGAAUUCCAGAGGGAGAGGCUGUCACUGCAGCAGAAUUUCGUAUUUAUAAGGAAUGGGUGAAGAGCCGUUUUGAAAAUGAAACUUUUGAGAUCAGUAUCUACCAGGUGCUGCACGAGCAUGUCAACAGGGAUACGGAUUUGUUCCUGUUGGAUACCCGGAUGGUUUGGGCCUCAGAAGAAGGCUGGCAGGUUUUUGACAUCACUGCUACCAGCAAUCUAUGGGUGAUGAGCCCACAGCACAACCUCGGACUCCAGCUGCACGUGCAGGCCACUGAUGGUCAAGGAAUCAACCCCAAACUGGCAGGCCUGAUAGGACAUCAUGGACCACAUGACAGACAGCCCUUUAUGGUGGUUUUCUUCAAAGUCAGUGAGGUGCACAUUCGAACAACACGAUCGGCUACAAACAAACGCAGACACCAAGGCCGUACUAAAUCUACAUCAGUUCAAGAGUCACCCAGAGCAACAAGUUUAACUGAAUACAACACCAGUGACCAGCGACAAGCUUGCAAAAAGCAUGAACUCUAUGUGAGUUUUCGGGACUUAGGAUGGCAGGAUUGGAUAAUAGCACCUGAAGGAUAUGCAGCAUAUUACUGUGAUGGAGAGUGCUCAUUUCCUCUUAAUGCACAUAUGAAUGCCACAAACCAUGCAAUUGUACAGACACUGGUCCAUCUCAUGAACCCAGACUACAUUCCAAAACCCUGCUGUGCUCCUACCAAGCUGAAUGCAAUUUCUGUCCUCUUCUUCGAUGACAGCUCCAAUGUUAUAUUGAAAAAGUACAGGAACAUGGUGGUCAGAGCAUGUGGCUGUCAUUAAAAGGACAAGGAAGUUCAUCUUGACCUAAAACUACUGGAGAGUAACUACAUCCUCAAUGCAUAGCGAUAUAAGAUUCCCUGGAGCAAUACCUCUGUAAAUAAUGUUUACAAUUUUUUUUUUAAAAAAAGGUUUCUACUUAAAAAGGCUUUUGUAAUAUAUUUUGUACAUAGUUUUCAUAAAAUGUAAUUUAUUUGUUUUGGGUUUUUUUUGGUAACCGCGUUUUAACUGGGGGCUGUAAUGAUGGCGAUAGCAGUCACUGUGUUUUAAGAGGGUGGAAGAUGCAGUGUAUGUGGUUCGGAAGGAAACUUUUACCGCUUCAGACUCGAGCCUUAGGGAAAGCUGCAACGCCACCUCAUUGCAGCCCCUCAUUUGGACAGACUCUGCACGUUAACUUUUAUAAGACGCACUCUGGACAAUCAUUUUGUUAAGAAAUUUUUAUUAGAAAUUGCCAAGUAGUGUAAACUGUUGACAUAGUAUCACAUUUGUUUAAUGAUUCGUUUUAUACAAAAGCUAAGUGCCAACCACACACACAUUUACUGCUCCCCCACCCCUCUUGAAGAACAAUUCAUUCUCCAUACACACAUGCUAACAAUAAACAAUGUUAAAAUCAAGUGGUUUUCCUCUACAGUUUGCUCACUCAAUUUGCAUGUAUAGUAAAAUAGUUAUGCAUCUUUGGGGCUGCGUUCUCAAGCACUCACGUUCUUUCUUUCAAGAAGUGCUCUGACAAUGGCCACCAGCUUAAUCGAUUACUUGGCUUGUUUGAUGCUUUAAUUCAUUUUGGGACCUUUCAAUUUAAAAA